AUGUCGGAAGGGAGGGAGAAUAGAGGGAAGAGGGAGAAUAGGGAGGUCUCCCGCAUGGAUCGAAGGGUUCUAUGCAACCACGGAAGGCCUGACAUUGCUUUUGCUCACGGGAUGGAGUUCCGUGGAUUCGUGGGCCUCCUUCCACCUCUACUGUGUUUCCUGGGCUUCGUGGAAGGAACAACGGAUAAUGAAGGGAAGAAUCAAGCGACCAUCCAUGAAUAUUGCAUCGUCGGGGCCGGACCGGCGGGUCUCCAGCUUGGUUAUUUCCUACAACAAGCCAAACGAGAUUAUAUAAUCUAUGACAAGGCCGAUCGACCCGGUAGUUUUUAUCAGCGAUAUCCUCGGCAUCGGAUGCUGAUCAGCAUCAACAAGAGGUUCACGGGGAGAAAGAAUCGACUCUUCAACGAGAGACACGACUGGAAUUCCUUGUUGAGUCACGACGAUUCCCUCAGAUUCCCGCUCUACUCCGACGAGUUCUUCCCAAAUAGCAUGUGCCCUAAUUUUAUGAUCCCUCUUCCUCCCUCUCGGGAAAAAUUGGUUGACCCCCCGAAGGCCGAUGACCUCGUGAGGUAUAUAGAGGACUAUCACAGAAAGCUGGGAAUCAACAUUCAGUUCAACACAGAAGUGUUGAACAUCACCCGAUUGCCUUCAAACAUGAAGACGCGGAAUGGAAGUUCCUUCUUCAUGCAGGAUCAACACGGGAAUGGACUCGGGUGCAGGGUGUUGAUCGUGGCGACAGGGUGGUCGAAGCCGAAUCUCGUGAAUUUCCCAGGUUCCGAAUACAUGGAAAACUACAGCGAUUUCGAUGUGAAUCCCAGGAAAUACGAGGGGAAGUCUGUCUUGAUCAUCGGCAGAGGAAAUUCCGCGUUCGAGACGGCGGACGCCAUCUAUAAGUACACGAACUUCGUGCACAUGUUAGGCCGUACUCGGGUUCGUCUUUCCUGGAACACCCACUACGUCGGAGACGCCAGAGGCGUGAACAACGCGAUCGUGGACACGUACCAGCUCAAGUCUCUCGACGGUCUCCUGGAAGGCGACAUCAACCGAUUCAAGUUGAUUCGGAGAAACGGGAAACUCUACAUUUCUCCGAAUUUUUACGACCGAUACAACACCGCGAACCUUCCUCGGGUGAAGCCAAACGGCGAGAACGCCAUGGACAACUUUGCUUUGCGGAUCCCCUAUGAUCACGUGAUCGCCUGUUUGGGAUUCGUCUUCGAUAGCUCCAUCUUCCACGAGGAAAUACCGCUGUAUCAUGUAAGCGCACAAAUACUUUUUAUUUUACUUGAAAUGUUUUGCAACGACUCUGUCAUUCUGGCCCUCGGAANCGACCGAUACAACACCGCGAACCUUCCUCGGGUGAAGCCAAACGGCGAGAACGCCAUGGACAACUUUGCUUUGCGGAUCCCCUAUGAUCACGUGAUCGCCUGUUUGGGAUUCGUCUUCGAUAGCUCCAUCUUCCACGAAUCGACGAAGCAGAAAAUGGCGGCGAAUAUCCCGAAAUUCCCGGCCAUAAGGAACGAUUUCCAGUCUUGGAACACAGCAGACCUCUACUUUGCAGGCGCAUUGGCCCAUUCCCUGGAUUAUCGCAAAUCCGCUGGGGGUUUCAUUCACGGAUUCCGUUAUUCAGUGAGGAGCCUACAUAGGAUCAUGGAGUACCGGUACCACGGACGCCCCUGGCCAUCCACCCGGUAUCCAAUGUCCGAACUGUUGAAUGUGCUCGUGAAGAGGAUGAAUGAAGCUGCUGGUCCAUAUCAGAUGUUCUCUUUCCUCGGUGAUGUCGUCAUCAUCCUUAAAGAUACAUUUGUGUACCUGGAGGAAUUCCCGGUGAAACUGCUUCCACAUUUCACGGAAGUGACGGGUCACAAGGGCUCACAGAUCCUGGUUAUGAUCAAUGAAUACGGUCCGGAAUUCUCCGGCUCGGACGUGAACACGUUGCGUCUCGGCAGGUCGUCCUCCGGGAGAGCCAAGGAUGCUCAUAAAUCCAACUUCUUGCAUCCUGUCCUCUAUUUCUACGACGGAUAUCUUCCCAGCGAUGAAGAAAUGACGAAUUUGGGCCUGGAAAAUUGGUCGUACAGCCUGCCGAAGCCAAGCAAGCUCCACCACGUGUCCGAAGAUUUUCUUGCCGUCUGGUUAGGGUCCAUGGCACACAUCCUCCCCCUGAGGAGGUUCCUCGAGGUCAUCACUGGACAGGAUCUCCGGCGUCACUUCAACGUUCGAUGCUUUGAAGUCGCCCUCAAUUUCUCCAAUGUUCCUCAGAGCUGUCGCGACUUCCUCGACGGCCGGGGACUGCAGAUCUCCGUGCGAGAGGGAACUGAUAUCGCGAACUACCUCUUGGGAGAAACUCAAGCAGAGAAGAGGAAAGCGGAAUGCACGGAGGAAGACCUCGACUGGGUUCCUAGUCAGGUGAACAGGACGAAAAUACUCGAAAGUCGACUGAAGAAGUUCUAUGGAAACGGGAAUGGCGACAUCUUCGCCCGUGAUCACAAAGACGACAUGGAAGAAAUGCAAUCCAUAUCCUUAAUCUACAAGGAUAAACAACCCGAAUACCUUAUCGAGGACGACGACGUGCAAAUGAUUUGGCGUUGGUCCCGGUCCAUCAUCUUUUCCCGAAACUACAAUCCUCCUUUGGACAUCCUGACUGAUCAGGACUAUCGGGCAAGGAUCGGUCGCGUUCAACAUGGCCUCAUUUUGUUCUACCUCCCGUGGGAGAGCAGGAGCCGCACGGUGAAGGAGCAACUCCUCAACAUCUUGAUGGACUUUCACAAGGAUCCAGAUUUCCAAGUGCCGUUUCUGGGUGCUCUAGAUUGCUUUGAUUGGCCAUUAGUCUGCGAACAGGAGAAGAUAAUAGAAUAUCCGACCAUCAGAAUCAUCAAAGACGGUCAAAUUCUACAUUAUGGGAAGCAAUUAACCAUCAAGGAUCUCACUUCAACCCUCAAGCUGUUGCAGAGGCCAGCUGUCGAAUGUAUCGAAACGGUAAAAAAAGCCGAAGAUUUCUUGUCUUUCAAAACUCUCGACAAAUAUGAAGUGGAGCAGAACGUGAUCCUCAUCUGGCCGGAUCUUACCAGCAAAUGCGACACAGAAAAGCUGGAAGUGUUGGGUCCCUUGAUUGGGCAUUACAUGUUUGCCCUGGCAGACAAUUCCUCAUCCUACAUCUUGUAUCAAAAGUACGGUCGUCACCAGGGUCUCCUGCAAUGGGAGCAACCCUGGGCAUUGGUUGCUCGAGGAUCUGAUGGUUACAUUUCCCAUCACGUCCGAUCUGUCCUCAUCCCUCUCGAUAAUGGAACCAUCUCGAGCUUCUUUGCGGACAACACCAUCCCCAUUUUUGGUGAGUUGAAUGCCGCGACCUACCCAAUGUAUACGAGGACAGGGAAGCCCCUGGUGAUUGUUUUAGGCACGGAAUUCCAACGUAUCGCCCCAGCCUCUAUUCUCGGUCGUCUUGCUGUUUCGAGCACUUACCCGCAAUUCCAUUUUGUCUGGCUGAACAGUGGCAAGCCGGAAGUGUCGGUGGCGACAAAGGAUGGGGGACGCGUGGUCAUUCUGGACCAGGGCGUGAAUAAGGCACUCUGGGGAGAGGCCGAGUGGGGACUGGGGACCGAUCAGGGAUUGCUACGACUUCCUAAACCUCGUCGAAGUCGACAUGAAGGUCAAGAUCGCAUUUUAUCCUACGUGAUUGUCGGUCAGAGACGGGAGGCUGACCUAAUCUCGGCACAAAAAUUUUGUAAACGGGACGACAAUCGUGCUGGGUGCAACUCAAAAUUUGUUCACGGAAUGAAGUUUCGUGGAUUCGUGACCCUCAUGCCACCUCUGCUAUGUUUCCUGGGCUUCGAGGAAGGAACAAGGGAUAAUAAAGGGGAUAAUGAAGGGAGCAAUCAAGCGAUUAUCCAUGAAUAUUGUAUCGUCGGGACCGGGCCGGCGGGUCUCCAGCUCGGUAGUUUUUAUCAGCGAUAUCCUCGGCAUCGGGUGAUGAUCAGCAUCAACAAGAGGUUCACGGGGAGAAAGAAUCGACUCUUCAAAGAGAGACACGACUGGAAUUCCUUGUUGAGCCACGACGAUUCUCUCAGAUUCCCGCUCUACUCCAAAGAGUUCUUCCCUCAUACUUCAAGGCAGGUGUCACCUUUUCGUGCUGUUUUAUUUGUGCUGGGUGUUGAUCGUAGCGAUGAAUCGAAGCCGAAUCUCGUGAGUUUCCCAAGUUCCGAAUUCAUGGAAAAUUCCAGCGAUUUCGAUGUGAAUCCCAGGAAAUACGAGGGGAAGUCCGUCUUAAUCAUCGGCAGGAGGAAUUCCGCGUUCGAAACGGCGGACGCCAUCUAUAAGUACACGAACUUGGUGCACAUGUUUGGCCGGACCCAGGUUCGUCUUUCCUGGAACACUCAUUACGUCGGAGACGCCAGGUCUGUUGUCUUCCUUAAAAGAAACAACUUCUUAGAAAAAUCGCAGACUCACUCGAGACGUGGUUACUCCAAAGAGGUGAACAACUCGAUCGUGGACACGUACCAGCUCAAGUCCCUCGACGGUCUCCUGGAAGACAUCAACCGAUUCAAAGGAGCAAAUACUCAUCCGCUCUUCCUUCACUCCGGAUGCCUGACGUUAAAUCCCCAGGGAAUGAGGAUAAUGAGGUCUCUUGAGACAGUGAGGAGCCUACAUAGGAUCAUGGAGUACCGGUACCACGGACGCCCCUGGCCAUCCACCCGGAUCAUGGAGUACCGGUACCACGGACGCCCCUGGCCAUCCACCCGGUAUCCAAUGUCCGAACUGUUGAAUGUGCUCGUGAAGAGGAUGAAUGAAGCUGCUGGUCCGUAUCAGAUGUUCUCUUUCCUCGGUGAUGUCGUCAUCAUCCUUAUCAUCAUCUCUUAA